AGUCUCCGUCGGCCGCCUUUGGCCUCCAUCGGCCGCCUUUGGCCUCAAUCGGCCGCCUUCAGCCUCCAUCGACCUCUAUUGGCCGCCGUCGGCCUCCAUCAGUCUCCGUCGGCCGCCUUUGGCCUCCAUCGGCCGCCUUUGGCCUCCAUCAAUCUCCGUCGGCCGCAGUCGGCCUCCAUCAGUCUCCGUCGGCCGCCUUUGGCCUCCAUCGGCCGCCUUCGGCCUCCAUCAGCCUCUCAUGUGUUUCCUGUUUCUGUUCCAGUUUUAUGACCUGUGUGAGCUGUUCAGGACCGGAGGUCAAGUUCCAGACACAAACUACGUCUUCAUGGGGGACUUUGUGGACCGGGGGUAUUACAGUCUGGAAACGUUCACCUACCUGCUGGCUCUGAAGGCCAAGUGGCCCGAUCGCAUCACGCUGCUGAGAGGAAACCAUGAGAGCAGACAGAUCACACAGGUCUACGGGUUCUACGAUGAAUGUCAGACCAAGUAUGGGAAUGCCAACGCCUGGCGGUACUGCACCAAGGUGUUCGACAUGCUGACGGUGGCCGCUUUGAUAGAUGAGCAGAUCCUCUGCGUCCACGGCGGACUUUCGCCCGACAUCAAGACUCUGGACCAGAUCCGGACCAUCGAGCGGAACCAGGAGAUUCCCCACAAGGGGGCGUUCUGCGACCUGGUGUGGUCCGACCCGGAGGACGUGGACACCUGGGCCAUCAGCCCGCGCGGCGCUGGCUGGCUGUUCGGCUCCAAGGUCACCAACGAGUUCGUUCACAUCAACAACCUGAAGCUGAUCUGCCGCGCUCACCAGCUGGUCCACGAGGGCUACAAGUUCAUGUUCGACGAGAAGCUGGUGACGGUUUGGUCGGCGCCCAACUACUGCUACCGCUGCGGGAACAUCGCCUCCAUCAUGGUCUUCAAGGACGUCAGCCGGCGGGAGCCCAAGCUGUUCCGCGCCGUGCCGGACUCUGAGCGCGUCAUUCCUCCCCGGACAACCACGCCCUACUUCCUGUAGGGGGCGGAGCCUGGACGCGCUCCGCCUCAGAGGGCGCUGACCCCUCGGCUGCCAGGUGGAGGCGGCGGAGACGCCGGAGGGCGGGCGACCCUCAUGGGUCUCAUGAAGUAGCGUCGUGACGGACCCGGCCUCUCGGCCCGUCCUGCUACGUUCUGCCUUAAACAUUUUAACUUUAAUUUAUUCAUCUUACGUAUCAUGCACACUGGUUUCAUUCUCCUGUGUCUGAACUGGGAUGAACUGGUUCCUGAUUCAUCAGCAGAGAUGCACCAAUGGCCGUCGCUCCACAACUUCCUGGCCUCUGCUGCGUUCACAGACCAUAAUAAGCUGUUUCAGUGCCUGAUCUCCAGGUCAAGUGAAAUCCUCCCACCUGUGGACCGGUCGGUGCGUCUCUCAUCCUCUGUGGCAUUAUGACUCCCAGUCCGGCUGUUUACCGUCUCCACAUUUGAAUAAAAAUGAAUUCACAGCUCCGA